AUGGCCCGACUAAACGAACCCCCCGUAUCUGCAGAUAGCAUGGACAUUAUGCGUAGAAAGCUGCUGCGCCAAAACAGGGAACUCGCCAAGGCCAACGCUACUCACCUGUCCCGUAUCAAGAGCCUCGAAGCGGACUUCGCUCGAUCACUAUCGGAGAACCUCAAACUAAACAGCUGCAUCAUCGAGCUGAAGGAGGAGCUCAAAAACAGCAACACCCGACGGGUAGCGGACCACGCCCGGGAUAUUAGGUCACAGCUCGAAUCUCAGCUGAAGGAAUGCCUCUCGGUUCUUGAGACCCUUGGCCAGGAGCCUCCGACCAAACGACAUGCGAGCCCCCAAGGCCGAAGGAUCGCCAGAGCCAGUCUGUCGCCUCGUAGCCCUCCGCAGAGACGGCCACCAAGGGAGUCAUUUAAGGACACGGAGGCCCGAGCGCUGCAAGAGGGCCGUCUCCCUCCCAUUGCAGAGAACAAGUCGUAUCCCAGAGCAACACUUGACCGUGAGCAGAUACUCGCUCUAUGCUCAGAAGCCGCAGACACGACAGACACCGUCGAUACCACCGAUUCCCCUGAACUUGGUCCGCCACCACUGUCACGAUAUGUCGAUACAGAUCCCGUUGAUAUUGGGUCUCCCCGUCAGCCUUUGGAAGCCGAACUGCCUGAAGCUACUCACGGCUCGCCGACGGUGUCACCCUCGCCGGCGCCUGCACCGCCAUCGGCAUCAGCGCCUAGAACAACGAAGAAGCCCGAGAGGAACAUCACUGUACGACCCGAUCCUGCUCCUACGAGUGAGAACGUCCAGGUCGAGGCCAAACAAACCCCCAAAGAUACCCCCAUCGCACCACAAAUCAACGCCAAGGUCGGCUCGAAGCGGAAAUACAGCAUGGGUGACGAUGCGAGCAAGACCACCAAGCCAAUCGCCGACGUGCCGAAACCAAAAGAACCCGAGGAACGCCUUACCACAGCCCGCGAACAACCCAGCGGGCAGACCUUGAAGGAACUGGCCAGCAGACGACGUGAAGCUAGGGAGCGCAUGUCGGCGCCAGUGAACCCAAGGAAGCCGCUCUCUACGAAAAGCACAAAUGAUGACAUGGCUUCGCCAGUGAAGAGUGCCAAGGCUGCAGCAGAUAAUGGAAAGGCUCCAGAGAAGCCCAAGCCGCGGGCAGCAAGGGAGCGGGCGGCCCAGAAGAUUCGAGAGGAAGCCGAGCCCGAGCCUGAGCCUGUUGAAGUGCCUCUGGCAUCGCCACCGCCACCUGCGCCCGUGGUCGACGUCCUACCAAGCACAGAGACUGUCUCUAUGGAAGCCGUUCUCCUGUCCCCCGCAUCACCCGAGCCCACAUCCAGGAUGAGCCUGCCCAGUGUCCGCGAUACGCCCCCACCCACAGAUAUCUCCUCUCACGGAGAAACAUCACGACCAAGCAGGCGGGCACGAGCGUCUGUGAGUUACGCUGAGCCGAAUCUGCGGGACAAGAUGCGACGCCCUACAAAAGAACUAUAUGACGCCGUCACCGGCCAGACCAGAUACCUCCAGCGCAGCGGGAGCGCCAACGCGGAGCAGCUCCUUGCCGAGGGAAUUCCUGUGACCAAACGCGAGUCCAGCGACGAUGGCUCUUGGAGGCAAAUUUCAGCAGCCUUGUCACCCUCACGGCAGGCCAUACAGCGCGACAACAGUCCCCACAGUCCGGCCGAUGGAACAAACACACCAGAACCGGUUCUCAGCGUGGCAAAGCCCCCGCGCAAGAAACGCUCAUCCUCGAUGAUGUCGGGAUCCAUCAGCGAGAACGAAGGACAGAGGGCGCCCCAACAAACUUCCAGCGGCUCUACCAGUCUGGAGAAAGUUGACAGCAGUCAGCCUACUCCGUCGCCUGAAAGGGACCUAGAUCCCUACGAGUUCACGACCUCAACCCCGGGAAGCGACACUUCUCGAGUCGAGCCAAAGGAGAAUGCCGCCCCGGUGCGUCAUAUCAAGUCUUCGCGACGCCUCUCGUCUGUCAUGGGGGAAGAUUUCAAAGCCGACAGCACGGACGUACCGGAGCGGACAAGAGCCGGUGGGCCCAGGAAGAGGGCAUCGAUGGUCCUACCCAAGAGGAACCGCGUGGACGCAGAAAGCCUCGAGGAUAGUAGCUUCGAGAGCGUCGAGAGCGUCGAGAGCGGUGACUUUCAAGAUAAGAGGUCGAAAGUCUCGAUGAGGAGACGGAGCAUGAUGCUGUAA